CAGUGUACUCGGUGCUCACUGCUCGUCGCUCGUUGUCGCCUGGUGUCAGUCGGCUGACUAGCUAUUCGAAACUCGCAGGGAAAACUUCGACUGCACGGUCGAGUGCACGGUUCUUCACCGGUUUUUCCACAUUCGCUACGUCAGUGAUCGGAGUGACAGUUCUCGUUUUCACGUUGGUCGUUCGCAUCGACUGAAAUCUUUGACCGGCGCGGCGGGGGCACCCGUUGAACGGAACCGUAUCGACGAGUCACGAAGCUUCGAGUGCCCGGGAGCCAGCCCAGCUGCCUUGGGUAGACGCACCGAGAUCCAAGAGAGGAGAAGUUCCCGGCUGAAGUUCUCCGAAGGCUCCGAAGGCGGCCGACAAGAUGCCUGCACCGACCACACCAGCAGGACCGGCGGAGGGCGGGCCGCCACGCACCGAAUUGCAGGAAUUGCAGCUGAAGGCAGAUCAAACGACAGAUGAGUCCCUGGAGAGUACGAGGCGUAUGCUGGCGCUAUGCGAGGAGAGCAAGGAGGCUGGCAUCCGUACUCUGGUCGCGCUCGAUGACCAGGGAGAGCAACUGGACAGAAUCGAGGAGGGCAUGGACCAGAUCAACACCGACAUGCGCGAGGCCGAGAAAAAUCUCACCGGAAUGGAAAAGUGCUGCGGUCUCUGCGUUCUUCCAUGCAACAAGAGCGCCAGUUUCAAGGAGGACGAGGGCACAUGGAAGGGGAACGACGACGGCAAGGUGGUCAACAACCAGCCCCAGCGGGUGAUGGAUGAUCGGAACGGAUUAGGUCCUCAGAGUGGCUAUAUCGGCAAGAUCACGAACGACGCCCGUGAGUCGGAGAUGGAGGAGAACAUGGGUCAGGUGAACACGAUGAUCGGUAAUCUGAGGAACAUGGCGAUCGAUAUGGGCAGCGAGCUGGAGAAUCAGAACCGGCAGAUCGACAGGAUCAAUCGCAAGGGCGAAUCGAACGAGACGAGGAUAAAGGUGGCCAACGAGCGAGCCCAUCAGCUACUCAAGUAAGGCCACUCUCGACCACCCGCACCCCGUCGGCCACCAACAGCACCAAUUAUACCAUCAUCACUAUCACCACCAUCACUACCACCACCACCACAACCACAACCACAACCACAACCACAACCACAACCACCACCACUAUCACAUCGAACAACAACAGAAACAACAGCUACUACUACUACUACUACUACAACAACAACAACAACAACAAUAACUACUACUACAACCGAAACAAGAACAAGAGUCGUGUCGGGGUCAACGAUAAAAGAAACAGCUUCGUCGACCGCCACCGACACGAUCGGUUACUCUCGAUCGCUCGUCCCCGAACAUCAUUUUCUCCUGCCGUUUAUGGUUACUAGACUGCGGCUCUUUGUGCAGCCAGGUUUGCGUCUACGAAACGCGAUAACUCGAACCGCGAGCAACCGUUCGAUUCUAAUCCGGAAAGUCGCGAAAAUUCAUCGAGCGUAUCGUCGUCGUUUCGAAACGACGAACACGGGCGAGAAAAAUCGGCGCCGAAAACAAUGUGAACCGCCGUUAAAGAUCCGCAGGCUGAUUAAGAAUCGAUCCGCGUGGACCGCUCGCUGCGGCCGGCAAACGUUUACGAAAGCAGAGUACAAAGCUCCGUGCGAACGCGACACCGCAAAUUCGCAUAAAAGGAUUCGCAGUGUGGUCACCUUAGACCGCGGCUAUUUAUGCAAUAAACAUAACCUACGAAACGAUAAAAAAGUACGAAGUUAGUUACAGUUUAGCUAGCGAUAUUCUCUACUUCGGUGUUAACGUAUCUUGAAAAUAAAGUUGAACUUUCUAAUCAAUCUUCUUUCGCAUAAAGAUCCGCAGUCGAAUUAUUCGCGGCGCCGGUAGGUCGUUCUCGACUAAAAUGGCGAAACGUCCGAUCACCGAUCGCUGUUCUUUAAGCGGUUAGCUGUCGCGCGAGAAUCGAGCGACGACGAGUAUACUCGUCGAACGCGAUGCGAGCGCCGCUGUUCAAACAUUGGAUCGAACAGACGGUUUUAUUUCAUGAAAUUAACAAUUUUAUUACCGAUAUUUACUUGUUCGCCGACGUUAACGUAUACCGUACACGUAAUAAACGAAAAACCCAGGGAUAAUCGAAUACUUGUACAAGUUAAAAAUUCAAAUUGUUGCUGCAGAGAGAGAGAGAGAAAGAGAGAGAGAGAGAGAGAGAGAGAGUGGUACGCAUGUCGAACACCGAUGCCGUGAUUCUUUUCUAAUUUUAUUUUAUUUAACUUCGCGCAGGAUCGGCCUCGAAAUAUUCCGAGCAUCUUGAAAUUUCGCAAUAUGUUUUUGCUUUCCUUAAAAUUACAAUUUAAAUAGCCGAUGGUCGCUGCUUCUUACGCGCGACGAGUAUACUCGUCGAACACAGCUAACCGGUUAAUCCCGCCUGUAUCGCGGCGCAGCCGACGAACCUUUCGUUGCGUCUGAUUUUCACGGAGACCGUUUCGUUCGGACCCUCGACAUUUUCGUUCUCCAACCCCCCUCGCGACGGUCGCGCGCGACUCGCGAGACUCGCGAGUGUUCCGUUCCCCCACCACCGGCGCGCCGGAGGCGCUCGCGUCGCCUUCGCCGCGUCGCCCGUCUCUCCCCGAACACUGUCUUUAACCCUUAAGAGGACAAGUUUCGCCUCCUAGUAUUGCCUAGUUGCUAAACCUUCAACGAGAGAAUAUAUCUUGCGUGGAAACCGAUGCCAAGCCCAUCGUUCCCUACGACUCUUACGUACACGUAUAAAAGAGACGGUCGCCAAGUCAAUUUCGCGCGUGCGAGCGAGCGAGGCGGGCCCGCGCCUCCUCUCAGCGAGCCGAGCGACUGAACAAAGGAGGAGGGAUAUAUAGUUCUAUUGUAAACAGUUUCGCCUAUAACGUGCACGUUUAUCCAAGUUCUUCCUCUCGCGAUUAGCCUUAUCAACGAUUCGACUCGAGAAACGUUUUUAAUCUUGAACAAAUAAACGACGAAAACAGCCAAAAAAAAAAAGAAAUAAUAA